AACACAAGCAGUGCAAGUGAGGGAUUCCGUGCUUUCCCCUGGCUGGAAUGGUAACUGGGGUUGUUCUUGGGUGUGUGGCCCCAGCUGAGGACACGGAUGCUGUGCCCGGGGAGUUUGGAAUUUAGUCGGGAAGUUCAGGGUCUGUGUGAUAGGGCUGCGAGAGGAGAAUCACAGAAUGGUUUGGGUUGGAAGGCACCCAUGAAGGUCAUCUCAUUCACUCCCCUGCGUUGGGCAGGAACAUCUUCGAUUAGAUAGGGCUGAAGCACCUUUUGAGAAGUUAUUGUGUCAGUUAAGACCGUGGCUUUUCACCGUGGCUCAGGAUUUGCACCAGCUGGCAUUUCUACAAUGCUGACAUAAUGCACAAAGCUGGUCAGAUGCCUCUGUGCAUCGGGCAGUGAGGAACCUGCCCCGGGUUACAAAAGUUAUCCUGAAAAAGAACCAUCCUAAUAAUAGAUUGUUAUUUCUGCUGAUAGGACUAGCAGGAACAUAGGGCAUGUGGAUAACGAGCAAGAUGAGGCUGGUCAUGAGUGGCUGCUGGUUAUCAAGGCAUGAGUCAUGUUUAAAGAGACCUGCUCUGGUUUUAGUGUUGUUACUUUCUAUUCCCGGGCAGCAGGAAAGCUCUGAGUCAUUGAGGUGCUGGGCUGUGUCCUGGGAUCUCUGUGAAAGACAAUCCAACUGGAUCUGAAGUAUCUGUGUCUAAAAUGCACUUGAAAUUUCUUCCACUCAUCACAAUACUCAGCUGUUUGAUCUCUUUCUCUUUCCAGCAAAGAAUUGAAAUACAUAAGCUUCGUCAAGGUGACAAUUUGAUUCUGGGAUUCAGCAUUGGGGGUGGCAUUGAUCAGGACCCUACUCAGAAUCCUUUCUCUGAAGACAAGACUGACAAGGGUAUCUAUGUAACAAGGGUGACAGAGGGAGGCCCAGCAGAAGUUGCAGGACUCCAGAUUGGAGAUAAGAUCAUGCAGGUGAAUGGCUGGGAUAUGACAAUGGUGACCCAUGACCAGGCCAGGAAGAGGCUGACCAAAAGGAAUGAGGAGGUGGUACGGCUGCUGGUGACCAGGCAGUCCCUGCAGAAGGCUGUGCAGCAAUCCAUGAUGUCCUAAUCCAUCAUCCAGCUGGGGAGGGGGUGGGGAGGGAGAUGUAUAGACUGGUAUCAAAGAAAGAAACAAAUAUUAGACUGGAACAGGUUGUCUGGAAGGAGUGCAUGUUCCUACCUGUGGUAAACACUACUUUUUUAUUUUAACUUCUUCUGGUGUAACUGGCAGUAGUAAAACAAUACUCCCCUCAGCACAGUGCUUCUCUAAAGUCUGCCCUGCAGGUACAUGGCAAGACUUCUGUAGUCAUGGCUUUCAGGACAGGACAGACCCAGGUUAUCUAAGAGCAACUGGAAAAGCCUUAACUUGGACAGGAUUCUUCUGUAGCCUAAAAGCCUCCUAUUUUAGGAGGAAAUGUGGUUUCUGCUAUGGGAGACCAGAGGGUUUGCUGUGCCUAAGCUUUUAGAAGGGAGCUGUCCUGUCCCCCCCACCACCAAAUUCAAAUGCCAGAGUUAAGAGCUGCACAGUGCUGUGGGGAGGAGCACUCUACUAAUCCUUCACUGUGUGCAAGAUAGAGAGUGGCUGAAGGGUUUGGGGCAUUACAGUUUCCUGCAAAGAUUCCCUGGACAAAGCAGCCUCUUCAGGCAAGAAACAACUGAGUAACACACAAGUGUUACAUCAAUGCCUGUGAAAUACACUACAACUUCAUGGACACUACAGUUCAGCCUCACUGGCAGGGUAAAAACCUGAAUUCUCCUUGUUCCCAAUUUGUACCAUCAGAUUAACUGAGUUUAAUUUAAAGGAAUAUGGAGCAGGAAACAAAACAAUGUUCCUGAACUUAUCAGAAAUGCUGCUCGUAGCUGUUGAGUUUUCAGUUUUUCAUUCCACUUCUAUCAGACUUGAAACGGGAGGGAUUUUGGUUUGUCUUUUAGAAGGCUUUGCUUAAAUCAAUGACUUGUUGGAUGGAAGAGAUGAAUAUGCCAGUAAUUUGCAGAAGUGCCUCUUGACCAAAUUUAAACUUCUAGUAGGAUACUCAGUGGUUCAAAUCAACAUGCCACAGGACUGAAGAUUCUUGCUGCAACCCUAAGUCCAUGAUCUAGCAUCCUGUGGUUUGUUAGCCAGUUAGCUUUACAAUUAUCCAAAACCUGGAGUUUUUAAUCCUCUUCAGUUGAUCUAUACAUAUCUUUAGUUUCCUUAAGCAGCCUUGAGGUAAGCUGUUGUAAAUAGAGCAAGAGGAGGUGGCAGACUAAUUUAUUCAGUACCUUACUGCUCUGCCAUUGUGAUUGAUGCAUCUCAGACUGUUCUGUGCACACCAGCAGAUGCCUACUUACCAAUUUUGUAUCUCUGGAAUUACUACAGUCCUGCUUUGGAGUUUUGUAACUUAAGAAUUCAGUAGUAAAUUUGAAGUCUUUCAAGUUGGGAGUUAUUUUUGUUACUAUAAAGAUACACUGCUAUUUGUACUGCUUUUUUUCACUUGAUUUUACACACAAUAAAACAAAGUUGGUUUUCCUGAGCUCUUUC